AUGUCGAAAGUAAUAUUUUUGCCGGAACACGAGGAAAUUCUUAUUGAAUCCGUUCGGAAAAAUCCGAUUUUAUACGACAGCGCUGAUUCAAAGCACAAAGAUAUAAUUCUGAAAGAUGAGAUUUGGAAAGAUAUUGGCUUGAAAAUUGGUAAAUCUGGAGAUGAAUGUAAAAAACGGUGGAAAAACAUAAGGGAUACGUACAACCGAAACAAACGUAAAUUGGGCACAGGUUCAGCUAGAACAUCGAAAAAAAAAUGGCCUUUGGCAGCACAUAUUUCGUUUCUUGAUGGAGUAGAGUGUGAACGAAGUUCUUCUUCGAAUGCGACCAUGAUAGAUGAAAGUUUUUCACAUGAAGAAGAUGAAGAAUCAAUUGAAGCUAUACAAGAAGAAAAAACUGCAAACACGAAUGAAGGAUUCUCGUAUGCUGGACAGCGUAUAAGGUCAAAUAAAGAUAAAAUGGCGGUGAUCGAAGAUGAAGUAGAUUUAUUUUUUAAAAGCUUAGCAAUGACCGUAAAAAAAUUACCACCUAAAGGUAUAAUUGAGGCAAAAUUAAAAGCAUUAACAAUGGUGAGUGAACUCGAGGAAAAGUAUUCUUACUGUACUACACCACAGCAACAUGCCAUAACAUAUCCAACUCAACAAUUGCACGUAUUUGAUGACAACCAUAUUCAGCCAUCUACACCAAGCUCAUCAUAUACAGCAUCGGACAGUUCUCAAGGCUACACGACUUAUAAUUUUGAAUAG